AUGUGUCUACGGUAUUUAUCAAUGCAACAUUGCACACGUCGUUAUACAUUAUAUUUUUGUCUUGUACUAACGUUAUUCUUAUCGAUCAAUUUUUUUCUUUUAUUAGCUUUUACAAAACCUCAAAAUCGAAAUUUGCAUAUCUCCUUAAGUAAUACAACGAAUAUUACUGAUCGAAUAGUUUUAUUUGUUCGUACAUCACAUAAUUGUCAAUCACGUUUAAAUUAUCUUCUUAAAAGUUGGAUAUCACCGAAUGUAUUACAACAAUCAAAUUUAUAUUUAAUUACAGAUGGUAUAACAUCUACGACGAAUUUAACACUAUUAAAUUCUUUUCGCAAUGUAAUUCCAACGCAUUGUCCAACAACACAUGGCCGUAUUGAUUUAUGUUGUAAAACAGCAAACGAAUUUAAAUUAUUUUAUAGUUUAAUUAAAACAAAAUCAAAUUUAGAAUGGUUAUGUCGUUUUGAUGAUGAUCAUUAUGUUAAUCUUGGUAAUUUAUAUAAAUAUUUAUCUCAAAAAAAUUCUUCAAAACCAUAUUAUAUUGGUCGAAAAAGUAUUAAUGGUGUUUUAAAAGUUAAUAAUAGUAGUCAAACAUUUUCAUUUGCAACAUAUGGUGCUGGUGUAUGUUUUUCUCGUGCAUUACUCGAACAACUUCGUCGUCAUGUUCAUACAAAAAUUUUGCCACGUAAUUGUAUGAAACGUGGACUAUCUGAUGAUGGAUAUAUAGGUUAUUUAAUUGAAUUUAUUCUCAAUGUAUCAUUAACAGUAACCAAUGAUCUAUUUCAUUCACAUUUAGAAGAACUUGAUAAAUCAUUUCGAAAUUUUACUAUGGAUGAUUUAUUUCAUGCAAUUACAUUGGGUUUUGCAUGGGAUCGAUAUAAUUUAGAUUGGUUACCAAUAAUUCAUCAAUUAAUUAACUUAAUUAAUCAAGGUCAAUAUGAAGUAGCAAAUCGUUUGUGGUUCGUUUUAAGAAAUUAUGAAAAAGAACAUCCUGAAAAUUUAAAAGAUAAAUAUGAUGAAUCAUGUAUAUCAUAUCAACGAUCACGAAAUCAAUCAAUUGAAUUGCAAAUGAAAAAAAAUAAAAAAGUUCCUCGACAUUUGAGAAAACAUACUAAAAGAAGUUAA